AAUAAUUGUUUCUACGCCACCAAACCAGAUCAUGUUGCGUGCUGCUUCCCUCUACCUUUCAUUCAAUUCCUUAUUUGACUUAUCAUACCUUCAUAUAUAAAUCAUAUGAACUUUGCUUCAAAAAUGCGAAAAUGAACAUCGAUUCUCCACCAUGUGCAGAACAACAUGCCGUCACAAUCUGGGAAAUCAACAGAGAUCGACUCACGGCGAUGAAACACAAACUUUCCGACACACCAAAACUACUGAGCGUUGCCGCCGGCCGGAACACCUGCUCCAUCUUCAAAGUCCCACAAACCCUAAUCGAAAUCAAUGGUAAGUCAUACCAUCCCCACAUCAUCUCCAUCGGACCCUUCCACCAUGGAAAACCCCACCUUCAGAUGAUCGAGGAGCAUAAGUGGCGCUUCCUCCGCCACUUACUAGACCGAACUAAAACCCAAGGGAUCGUCUUGGAAGACUUCUUGAAAGCCGUGCAAAAGCUUGAAGUCAAAAUCCGGGAGUGUUACUCCGAGACCAUUAAUUAUAACACCGAUGAGUUCAUCGAGAUGAUGGUGCUCGAUGGUUGCUUUAUCAUCGAACUGUUUAGAAAGUUUGGGGGAAUUGUAAAGUUUGAUGAACAAGAUCCACUUAUAACCAUGUCGUGGAUCGUUUCGUUUUUUUUACGUGAUCUUAUUCGGCUAGAGAAUCAGAUCCCAUUUUGUGUUCUUAAUUGUUUAUUCGACCUGACAAAGAUGUCAGAAGAAAGCACGACGCUAAAUACUUUAGCUUUGAGUUUUUUCAAUUUAGCUACACAAAGACCCGAAAACGUUCUCGAGAAGUAUUCAAACAUCAACGCCAAACACUUGCUCGAUCUUCUUCGGUCAACUUUCCUUCCACCAGAAGUCAAACGCCUGACAAAACCUGACAACCGUCCACCACCGCAUGUAAUCCACAGCAUCUCAAAGCUUCGACGUGCAGGGAUCAAAUUAAAACCAUGGGAGGCGGACAGUUUCCUUAUUGUUAACUUCAAACAUGGUAUAAUCCACAUGCCAACGAUAUCCAUUGAUGAUUUCAUGAGUGCGUUUUUGUUAAACACGGUGGCAUUUGAACAGUGUCAUAGUGGAUGCUCUAAACACUUUACUACAUACGUUACGUUGCUUGACUGUUUAAUAAACACGUCUAGAGAUGUGGGUUACUUAUGCGAUUGGAAUAUUAUCGAGAAUUAUUUGGGGACAGAUGCUGAAGUUGCGACUUUUUUUAACAAUAUGGGGAAGGAUAUUUCUUUUGAUAUUGAUGAGUGUUACAUGGCGAGAUUAUUUGAUGAUGUGAAUCGGCAUUACCAUAGUGGGUGGCACGUACAAUUGGCAAGUUUCCGAUAUACAUAUUUUAAAACGCCAUGGUCGUUUAUAUCUGCCAUAGCUGCUCUUGUUCUUCUUCUUUUAACCAUUGCACAGACGUUUUACACGAUCCUGAGCUACGUUCGUCCUCCAUGAUCAGCUUAAUGUAAUUAGAUGUAUAUAUAAUUUCUUAUUAUAAUUUGACAUUCGUAUUUGGCUAUAGAAGUUGCUCCAGUUAUUAUAUGUAUGCAAUAAUAAUAUAGUAGCAACCAUACUAGCUAGACGAGAUGGUGUAUUUUGGUUGAUGUUUGAUCGAUAAUCUAGUAAGCGGUAGAUGAAUGUAAUUUCUUUUAUCAUCUAAAGACGAGUGUUGAUUCAAAUGGUCAAGUUGUGUUGCAUAAUCAAUUGUGUUAAGACUAGAUGG